AUGCAAUCGGCCCCAUCCCCGCAAGAAAAACCCCAGUUAACCUCCAAUAAGAUUGGUACCUAUAACGCGGCGGUUCUGGCACAACGCCAUGGUGUCCCUUUUGUGGUUUGCUGCCCUGUCUCGACAUUAGACCUGGAGGUUGCAGACGGAUCGGCUAUCCCAAUUGAGCAUAGACCCGCAAUCGAAGCGUGCCUCGUGCGAGGAAGAGUGGUUGGAGCGACUGAAGGUGCGAUCGCUAGCGCAGAGCCGGCUCAAGCCAUCGUCCAGAUUACCCCAGACCUUGACCUUGAAGGUGGGGGUGUCUAUAACCCUUCAUUCGAUGUCACCCCCGCAGAACUCAUCUCUGCAGUGGUGACAGAAAAAGGGGUGGCGCAGCGGCCGGCGAGCGCAGCGACCAUCAACAUCACGGAAAAAUACUCAAUGUCAUUCAGCGAAGUUACUUUAACCUUCUCCGACCUCAUGCGCGUGAGCUCUCUCAGGACGUCCACCAAUAAAUCUGUUAGCUCUAAAGUUAAGGGACCAAAAU